AUGGAAAAUUAAUUGAAAAUAUUUUAAGAAGAAUUAUAAGAAUUACUAAUCAAAUCAUAAUUGAAUAUGAGGAAGUUAACUAUUAAUAAUAUAUAAUUAUCUGAUCUAAUGAAAACAUCAGCAAAUGAUUUACAUUAAGCAGUAGAAGAGAAUACUGAUAAAGUAAAUAUGUAAAUUAAAUAAUGUAUGUAAAUGUAAGAUGAAUUCUUACAAAUAGAAGCAUUAUAAAAGAAAGUGUAUAAAAAUAAUAUUAAUAAUAAAAUAGAGAAAUCUUUAGAUUGAUAGUAGAAGAUGUAUAGAAAAAGAAAGAAUAAGAAUAUUAGAGUUUAUUAAAAGGAUGA